CAUGUUCAUAUUAUUUCUACGUUGUUGUGCUGAGAUCUGUGAAUGAAACAAACGCGCCGCUGAAAAAUUGAUCACGGAACGGAAGACAAGACAAGAAGCCUACGAGAUGUUGCCUUUUCUCUGUCUGAUCUCUCAUUCCUCUCUCGCUCUCUUAAAUGGCAGACAUAAAUAGAGAGCGAGAAGAGUCUCCAUAUCUUUCCUUCAGAAAGUGACAAAGCCGCCAGCGAGAGGGUCUGGAUGGUAAAGAUAUUCUGGCUGUUGAUACUUCGGAGAAAGCUCUGCUCCUGAAACCUCUUCUUCUGUAACGGAAAAGGAGGAAAACUGCAUAAUCCGGUUCUGUGUGUUUGUGGCCAUUGAUUGCGUAAUUCAGCGGGCCCCACUUCUGAAUUUUGUCUACAGCAUGGGGUCUUGCCCUUCUCCGAGUACAAAUAAUGACGAUGGGUUGUUGAGUUGUUCAAAUUCGCAAUGCCUCUCGGUGCUUUCCUGGUUGCAAUAAAACAGAGAGAAAGAAGAGUGGGAGUUCAGUGCUGAAAGGGUUGGGACCAGUUGCUAGGUAGUUCGUGCAUGGAUACUGAAGUGGAAUUUGGAGAUGGCACUGAAGACAAAGGUAGCAUGUGGGCUUUGGAACAGCAGCUCGACCAGCCCAUGGAUGAAGAGGCUGAAAGAGUUAGAAAUAUGUACAGGGAAAAGAAGGUCUCCGCAUUAUUGCUUUUGCGACUUGCAUUUCAGAGUCUUGGAGUUGUCUUUGGAGAUUUAGGAACAUCUCCCUUAUAUGUGUUCCACAAUACAUUUCCACGUGGAAUUGGAGAUCCAGAGGAUGUCAUUGGUGCUCUUUCAUUGAUCAUAUACUCCCUGACUCUCAUACCGCUACUGAAGUAUGUUUUUAUAGUUUGCAGGGCAAACGACAAUGGCCAAGGUGGUACUUUUGCUCUUUAUUCACUGCUCUGUCGACAUGCAAAAAUCAAGACAAUUCCUAAUCAACAUCGUACUGAUGAGGAGCUGACAACAUAUAGUCGUAACAGUUUCCAUGAGCAUUCAUAUGCUGCAAAAACGAAGGCAUGGUUGGAGAAAUAUACCUUCAGAAAGAAUGCUCUUCUUUUGCUUGUCCUUGUUGGCACGUGCAUGGCAAUUGGCGAUGGAAUUCUCACUCCAGCUAUAUCAGUUCUUUCAGCUGCUGGCGGAAUCAAGGUAGCCCACCCCAAAAUGAGCAGUGACACAGUUGUGCUGGUUGCUGUUGUCAUUUUGGUAGGACUAUUUAGCAUGCAGCACUAUGGUACUGAUAAAGUUGGGUGGCUAUUUGCACCAAUUGUGUUACUUUGGUUUCUCUUAAUUGGAAGUAUUGGAAUAUUCAACAUAUGGAAAUAUGAUAGCAGUGUUCUGAGAGCUUUUUCACCAAUUCAUAUAUAUCGGUAUUUUAGAAGGGGAGGCAGAGAUGGCUGGACCUCCCUCGGAGGAAUCAUGCUUAGUAUUACAGGGACAGAGGCCCUUUUUGCUGAUCUUGCCUAUUUUCCACUUUCAGCUGUACAGCUUGCUUCCACUGUUGUUGUGUUCCCUUGCCUCCUUUUAGCUUAUUCUGGACAAGCUGCAUACCUUAUGAAAAACAAGGAUCAUGUGGUUGAUGCAUUCUAUCUUUCAAUUCCAGAAAGCAUUUACUGGCCAGUUUUUGUUGUUGCAACAUUUGCGGCUAUUGUUGCUAGUCAAGCCACCAUUUCUGCUACAUUUUCAAUAAUCGAGCAGGCUCUUGCACUUGGCUGUUUCCCUAGGGUCAAGGUUGUGCACACAUCAGAGAAAUUCCUUGGACAGAUAUAUAUUCCUGAUAUGAAUUGGAUUCUUAUGAUUCUUUGUAUUGCUGUAACUGUGGGAUUCAAACAUCAAAUCCAAAUUGGCAAUGCUUACGUUUUAUUUUCGUCAGGAUUAACUUUAUGUGAUUGAGGACAUUGGAAGCAACCUCCAAGGAAUUUUAAGAAGCGUCUUAAAAUUGGUUCCAAGGGCAUGCAUUGAUUUGGAAUGCUUUUUAUGAAGAAAAUCCUUCCUAGAAGAUUUCUUGGGCUCUAUAUUGAUUAAUUUCCUAAAUUCUUUUUUGGUAACUCUAAUUAUGUUAGGGUUUUAUUUGUAGUCUCUUCCUACUCUUAUUAUUAAUAGUUUUAGAUUUAUUAAGUUUCCUAAUAGGAAAAGGAAGGAUUUCCAUUUUGUUAGUUUCCUAUAGGAAAAGGAUUUCCUAAUCCCAGUAAGAAUAGAGUUACUGGAACUCUAUAAAUACUGUUAUUAGCUCCUUUUUCUCAUUAAUGGAUGAAUGAAUUUCAGUUUUCUCUAAGUGUCGAUGCUUUCAUGAAUUGUCUGAUGCAAUUCUAACCCUAGGUGUGAUGCCUAUGGAACUCCAGGUGGGAUGCCUAGAAAAUAUGUGUCUUUUCUCUAAUAUUUCAAUUCCAAAAUAUCAUUUUCGUAACUCUACUUCCAGCCAUAUUCUCAGCCCUCUAAUCUCAUCUAUUGAGCCAUAUUUUACUUCUAAAUUGCCCCCAACCUGUUACAUAUCAAAACCUACCCUUUUCUACAAUUUUCCCUAGCAUUCUAACCCUCAUAAACCUCCAAUCAGUCAAUAUUAGUAGGAUUCCCAAUCUGUCGUGUAUCAUGAACUCUUUGUACCACUUAGAGCGUGUUUGGUUUAGGGAACAACUGCUUUUUGUCAGAACUGGAAUUCUGACAGGUUGCUCUUGCCAAUAGUGAUGAGAAUUCAGGAAGAAUGGAGAGGGAAAUAUAGGAGUAAUGUAGGGAGAAUUAGAAGAACAGAGAAUGGGGAAGAAGGAUCGAGAGAGAGAGAGAGAAGUUUUAGGUGGGAAAAGAGUUCUUAAUUCUGAUAUUCGAUAAUCUCAAUUGGGUGUGUUCAGUUGUUUAUAUACUGAUCCAGCAACCCAUGUGGCGCCAACUGUCUGCCAAAAUUCAAGAGAGUACAACCACCUAAGCUAUCACUUCAGUACAAACAACUAUGUGCAAUAACUACCCAUGUGCAAACUGUUCACUGCCUAUAACCGCUUCUACAAGGUACCACCCCUCCGCUUGAGGGAAUUGCUUGAGUAGGUCUGGGAGGUACUCCCAUGUGUUGUUGUCUGGGUGUAGGUGAGACCAUUUGAUUAGGACUUUGGAUAUGGGGGCUCCCUAUCUAUAGAUGAUCCUUCUGUCAACUAUGGUUGCUGGCUCCAUGGAAACAAGUGCUUCUGUGGUGUACAUGUUUGGAUACCACAAAAUCAAAUCUUAUUAUCUAUUUUAGGUUAUGUUCAAUUAGGAUACUCAAUUAGGGGAUCAAAGCUAGGAGAAUUUUUUGCUUUUAAAUUGUUUCCUUUUCCAUUUGAUUGAUGAUUCUUAGGAUAAUCACAAUUUGUUAGGGAUGUGAUUGGGGAUCCCCUUGUGUAUAUAAAUACAUUAGUUAUGUACAACAAGAAUUGUGAAUAAGAUUUUUUGUUUCCCACCCACAUGUAGGUCAAGGGCCACUGCGUGUGACCCAACGAGUAAGGAGACAUGGAAUACUUGAUGGAUCUUGGAGUCUGUAGGUAACUAAAGUUAGCAGGCAACAUUUCUAGCCCUGGCAAUGAUAGGAAAUGGACCAUAGAACUUAGAGCUCAACUUAUACAUUGGCCCUUGCAAUAAGGUCUUGAGGUGGGUGUGCUUCAACUUUAAGUAUACAUCAUCCCCUACAACAAACUCCUGCUCACUCUUUCUUCUAUCUGCAAAUUGCUUCAUGUGAUUUUUGGAUGUGGCUAGCUCAAUCCUAAGUAGUUAGUUGUAGGACUUGAUGUCUUUGCUGCAAGUAGGUAUCCGAGGCUGCCACUGUAGUUGUGUCCUUGAUGGCUGGUAGGAGGGGAGGCUUAUAUCCAUUAUAAAGCCUCGAAAGGGGACAUUUUGAUGGAACUAUGGUGGCUAGAAUUGUACCACCACUAGGCUAAGGUAAGCCACUUGUGCUACCCCUGAGGCUGCAAGAAGCAGAGGCAACGCAAGUAGGUCUCCAAACACUAGUUCACUCUCUCUAUUUGCCCAUCAAAUUCGGGAUGGUAGGCGGAAGACGUGCAAUUUGGUCCCUAGGGAUUUCAUUAGUUCCUUCCAUAGCAAGCUUGUGAAAAUUUUGUCUUUGUCUGAUACUAUUGACAGUGGGGUGCCAUGGAGCUUCACCACUUGAUCUAGGAAAAGUCUGGCCACCUCUUGGGCAAUAUAGGGGUGGGUUAGGCUUAGGAAGUGGGCAUACUUUGUGAAUCGGUCCACCACCACCAGUAUGCAAUCUCUCCCCUCUAACUUUGGUAGCCCUUCAAUAAAGUCCAUAAAUACACUCUCCCAUGGCUGCCCAGGUGUAGCCAAAGCUUGCAGCAAGCCUGAAAUGGCUAUUGUUUCGCGUUUACACCUCUUACAAAUGUCACAACACAAAUUCCAUCACGAUUUUUUUUAACCGUGGCCAAUAAAAUAAUUAUUUCACCUUAUGGUAUGUGUUCAAUAUACCCGAAUGCCCACCUAACGGUGACUCAUGCAGGGCUGCCAGGAUCUUCCAUUUGAGCUGAUCACUUCCCCCAAUCACCAGCCUUCCUUGAUAUCUGAUUAGUCCAUUGGUAAGGGUGUAUCCUUGCCUGCUGGAAGGGUCCAUUACCAACUGCUCUAUAAGCUCUUUCGUGCCCUCAUCCUAGUCAUAACUUGUUGUGAUCUCCUGAUACUAGUCAGGGAUAAUAAAUGUGAUAGCAACCAAAGUUCCUUCUUCAAAACAUCUAGACAGGGUAUCGAUGACUAUAUUUUUCCUCCCCUUUCUGAAUUGUAUCACAUAAUCUAGUCCCAUCAACUUGGCCAUACCCUUUUUCUAUAGCUAUGCAUGUAAUUUUUGCUGUAACAAAAACUUUAGACUUUCAUGGUCCGUCUUGAUCACAAAUUGGCCUCCUUCCAAGUAAUGUCUCCAUUUUUCAACUACCACUAACACUGUCAAUAACUCCUUCUCAUAAAUACUUAAGCCCAGGUGUUUGGGGUCUACGGCCUAGUUGAGAAAUGCCAAGGAUCUACCAUCUUGCAUUAAGACUACCCUAAUCCUUGUGCUACUAGCAUUGGUUUCCAACGUAAAAGUUUUACUGAAGUCAAGUAGGCUUAAGACUGGUGCUUCACUCAUAACCCUCUUAAGAUUCUCAAAAGCCUCCUCUGCUUUGGGGGCCCAAUUGAACCCUUCCUUCUUUAACAAUUCAGUGAAGGGUCAGCUAAUCACCCCAUAAUUUCUCACAAAGCGCCUGUAGGAGCUAGUUAGCCCAAAGGAAACCCCUUAAAGCCUUAAUAGUGUUAGUCCGAGGCCAAGCAACCAUGGCAACCACCUUUCUUGGGUCUAUACUUACCCCAGCACUCGAGAUGAUGUGCCCUAGGUACUCCACCUACUUCUGUGCAAAAGCACAUUUUAACCUUUCGACAUACAAUUUGUUGAAUCAAAGGACCUCGAAUGUGAUCUUAAGAUGGUCAAGGUGUUAGACAAAGGAGGGGUUGUACACAAGGAUAUCAUCAAAAAACAUUAGAAUGAAUUUCCGUAAAAAAAAGUUCAAAAUUUUGAUUCAUCAAUGCUAAGAAGGUAGCUAGGGCAUUAGUGAGCCCAAGGGGCAUCAUUUUGAAUUCGUAGUGCCCUUGGUGGGUUUGGAAAGCAGUUUUGGGUAUAUCUUCUGACUUUAUUCCUAUUUGGUGGUAGCUAGAUCUAAGAUCUAACUUGGUGAAAACUGAUGCAUGUUUUAACUCAUCAAGCAAGUCUUCAACAAUGGGUAAAGGAAACUUGUCUUUGAUGGUGAUAGCAUUGAGUUGACGAUAGUUAACACAAAACUGCCAUGUCCCAUCCUUUUUCUUGACAAGUAGCAUAGGUAAGGCGAAGGGACUAUGGCUUGGUCUGAUGAUAGCCUUUUGCAGCAUAUCUUUUACCAAGUUUUCAAUCUCGCUUUUUUGUCUUGGAGGGUAUCGGUAGGACCUUAUGUUAACAGGUUUCGCAUUUGGUUUGAGGGUAAUGGAGUGGUCAUGAGGCCUUUUAGGUGGUAGGGAGUCAAGCUCAUCAAACAGGUCCCUAAAUUCAACUAAGAGUAUGUUAAGAGAGUCAAUUUCGCUUACCUCCCAUUGGUCCCGUAGAUGGCUGCUCAUUGUCACCCUUAGCUCCCCUUCCUACUCCUAAUUUCCUUCCGUACAAUCCACAGCAUAGACGGAGAAUAGCUAUGCCACUUGGGACUGUUGUUCUUAAAUAUUUUCUGCAAUUUCUUCCCUAUAAUCAUCUUGCAAACCCCUGAUUCUGAGUUGCCCGUAAGGGUUUUCCUUCUGCCAUCUAUCUCAAAGGUUACUUCCAUCUUAUUGAAGUCAAAACUGAUGGGGCUCACCUCUUUCAUCCAAUGCACCCCUAGCACAAUGUCACAUCCCCCUAAUUUCAGUAGUCUCAAAUCAGCCUCAAACUCCUUCAUGCAUCUCCCAACAGAAUCCCAUGCAAGCUGAUUGGCUCAGGACUUUGCUUCCAUUGGCCACCGUAACCAACAAGCAGUGAGUGCUAGUGAGCUUGCAGUUCAAUCUCUUGGUUGUUAACUCAUCAAGAAAACUAUGGGUGCUCCCACUGUCAAUAAGGGCCAUUAGUUUGCAGUUUUUUACCUCCCCUUCCACAUUGAUAAUUUUGCUAUUGGCCAACCCCUUAAGGGCAUGUAAAGAAAUCUCUCCAUUAUCCUCCUCUUCUGUCUCUGUUGGAUUUGUUGUUUCUUCCACUUCUACAUCUUCUUCGCCUUUCAACAAAAGUAGUUGCCUCCUAUAUUGGUGCCCCGAUAUGUACUUGUCUCCACACCAGAAACACAACCCUACUUGCCUCCUCUGUUCGAUAAUCUUUCCCCCUUAUGAGUGCACAGGGUUGGUUGCGGGAAGGGCGAGUAAUCCUUUUGAACCCUAGUCAACCUUCCCUAUCUCCCUAUUGAACCCCUUAUUGCCCACCUGCCAAACAUUGGAACUCAUCCCCUUAAUCUGCAUUCUUUGUUUCCUCAUUAAGGUUUCCACUGAUAACUCCUAGAACCGAGCACUUUUUGUUGCUUGCUUAAUUGUCCAGGGUUGUAGCAUUUUCAUAGUUGAUCUCAAUUCAUCACUCAAGCCGCUAAUAAAACUUGAGACGAAGUACUCAUCUGCUAAGUGUGGGUUGCGGAUCAAUAUUAGUGAUCUCAACUCCUUGAACUUGAGUUGAUAAGCUUGCACUGACCACUCCUACUUGAGUUUAUUGAACUCCUCAACCACAUCCCUCAUACUCCGAUCUUCAAACCUCUCACAUAAGUCCUCUGCAAAAUCCAUCCAUUGUCCCCCAUCCUUAACCCGGAUCCACCCCGGAACCAGGCGUCCCCCACAUCAUCAAGAUAGGUAGAGACCAGAGUGACCUUCUACUAUUUGAGUACAUUAUACAUGCUGAACAUCCAUUCACAACGUCUAACCCACCAUCUCAAAUUCUCAUCCUCAAGUAAUGGUAUCUCUAGUUUUGGCAUUGGAAAAUUAGGUUGAUUAUAAGCAACCAAGGUUUCCUGCCUUCUUUCUGAUGUAUUCUCAACAAAAUCUCCGAAUCAGCCUCAAACUCUAAGGAUCCUACCGGUUGGUGGCUCGUACCUGGGGAGGAUCGGAUCUGACCUCUCUCUAGGGGAAAUUCAGGAGAGAAUCUUACUACAUGUUGGCUGGAAAGCAUCCUCACGAACUGUUGCAUCUAAUUGCACAUUUGGUUGUGCAGAUGGUUGUUCUACUCUCAACUCUCCUCGCACCACCGAUUCAUCAACUGGUUGCUCUGCUCGCGACUCUCCCUGCGCCACCAAUCCAUAGCUCCAUAUGUCCUCCUCUCCACCACUGAUUCUACCAACGCUUCCUAGGUUCCCAUUUAGAUCUGCAUAUCUGCCACCGCUGUCGUAACUUGUUGCAAUUGGGAUUCCAUCUGUUUCAUUCUUGUUCCAUCAGCCAUUGUGGAGAAAUCAUUGGAGGAGAUUGUCAUCUAGAUUGCUGCUCUGAUUCCAAAAUGUCAAAACCGGAAUUCUGAUAGGUUGCUCUCGCCAAUAGUGAUGAGAAUUCGGGAAGAAUGGAGAGGGAAAUAUAGGAAAAAUGUAGGGAGAAUAAGAAGAACAGAGAAUGGGGAAGGAUCGAUAGAGAUAGGGGGCAAGAGAGAGAAGUUUUAAGCAGGAAAAUAGUUCUCAAUUCUAAUAUUCGACAAUCUCAAUUGGGUGUGGUCAGUUGUUUAUAUAUUGAUCUAGCAACCCAUGUGAUGUGGUGCCAACUAUCUGCCAAAAUUCAAGAGAGUACAACUGCCUAAGCUAUCACUUGAGUACAAACAAUUAUGUGCAAUAACUACCUGUUGGAUGAUUCACGAGAUUAAAGGAGAAUUUAGAGGAGAAGGAUCUUGAGCUACUUUCCUAAAAUCAAGAUAGAUCUUUUCCAAGAUUAGGAUAGUGAUCCUGAUUUAAUAUGUUUCCUAAUCUGUAAUUGUAAAUUUAGUUUCAUUUUAUAGUGUACAACAUAUUCGGUUUUCCUUUUCUACAACUUUCCUAUAGUGUAAUCUUCUUCCCUAUUAAUAGGGAAUGUAUUUUAGCGUCUAAGUAUCAUAAUAGAAUGAUUCUUUGGUUGUUCUUCCUAUCCAAUCUAUACCUCUAUACCAAUUUCUACAUGGUAUCAGAGCCAACCUAAGGAAGAUUCAUACUCGUUUUUGUCUCGGCCUUAAUUGCCUCGAUAGUUCCUUGUCCUUCUCUUCUAGUAGUUACCCCAUAUAAUGUCAGAGAUUUAAAAAACAGCUUCUCCCAUGUAAAUGAGAGAAGCAAUUUCAAUUGAACCAUCAAUCGGAGGUUCCUCUUUCGGUGAGUUGUCUGAUAUGCACCAAUCAUACCGAUUGGAUGGUGGCAACUACCUCCAAUGGUCCCAACUGGUGAGGAGAUUUUUAAGGGAAGGGGGAAGAUCUCUCACCUCACUGGACCAGCCCUUAAGGCCUCAGAUCCCACGUUUAUUGUUGGGACAUGGAGGACUCUAUGUUGAUGUUAUGGUUGUGGAGUUCCAUGCAACCCGAGGUGAGUAAAAAUUACAUGUUUCUAUCUACAACUAAGGACAUAUGGAGUUCCUUUAUGUUCCUAGUCUUUCUACUUAUCUUCUUUCAGUACACAAACUAACUCAAGACCUUAAUUGUCGUGCAAUUUUUUCUCCCUAUGACUAUAUGUUUCAAGAUCUGACCACGGGAAGGAUGAUUGGUGUUGCUAAAACACACAAGGGGUUGUACUACUUGCACAAGACCUAUGAAUCACCUGCAGGAGACCAGCCUAUUCUCACAUGUUCUUCCGAACCAGCUUCUACCAAAA